UCUUCUAACCCCCUCCUGCCUCCUAAACCGAGAGAGAGAGAAAGCGAAGAAUCAAAUCGUAGGUUUUGCGCAGAAGGAAAGAAGAACUGGAAAAGUUGAGGCAUCUGAUUAAUAAGGUUAUCUUCUUCUCUGACUGAUGAGUUGGUAAUUCAAUUCCCACAAUUGGAAGAUAACUCGCAGAAAAGGAAGAAGGGACGGGAAGCUGUCACGGUUUUCUUGCUUGUCGGAGUUGGAGAAAAUGGAUAAAAAAGAACAGUUUGAAGAUCUUCAGGAACGCAAGAGAGCAAUUUCAAAAAGGUUGAUAGCUAUGAAGGACCAGCAGCUGUCGUUGAGCACUUGAGGUUGGAGUUUCUGGGCUCUAGUCCUAAACCAUUUGCAACCCCAAAACUGUAAAAGACACCUUUAUACAAUUUGGUAAAACUGUAAAAGCAAACCAGUAAAACCUUCUAGUAUAUAUAUGUAUAUCUCUUCCCUUUCUUCUUCACCCUACCGUUUUGGUCGAUUCUGUCUCAAAUCCUUGUUCGCAGACAAAACUCAGGAGAAGAAACGAAAACCCUAAAUUGCAUACCCCUUUCUUGUGCUACUACCCAAAUCCCCAAUUGGAGCUCAGCGAUUAAACCCAGUUGAAAUGGCGACUUAUAUGUGGAGGAAAUACGCAGACUACGUGUACACAAAAUGGGAAAGAAUGAUUCUUUGGAACAUGGUGGAGCCCUACACCAGGCCCAAAUCGUUUACGCCUCUCGUCACCAUCUACGUCGCCGCUUUCUACACUGGAGUCGUCGCCUCUGCCAUCACUGAACAGCUCUACAAGGAAAAAUACUGGGAAGAUCAUCCUGGCCAUGCAGUCCCACUUAUGAAGCCCAAGUUUUAUGGAGGACCUUGGAAGGUAGAGAGAGGAGAGGUUCCGGCCGCUCUCCCACCCCCAUAGAAACUGGUGCGACCAAAUUACAUUUCACAAUCCUUCCCCCUAAAUUAGAAAUCCAAGCUCCAUGUUCUGCAUGAUCAUUCUUCUCUCCGUCUCUGUCACCGUUCCAGACGAUGACGACCUAUGGAACUAUCCCGACAGAACGUUUGCCAUCCUCAAACCUAGAUAUCGUUUCACAAGCAAAAGGACAGAUUGAAUUAUGCCUUGGCAUACAAAGACCAUGGCUGGAGAUGAUUCAGCUCCAAGAUCUCAAACCUCCCUCCUCCUUCAACCAAUCAAUCCAAAGAAUCAGGACAAACGUAGCCUUCUUCCGCAUGAACUACGCCAUUAUCAUAUUGACCAUUCUCUUCAUAAGCCUUCUAUGGCACCCCAUCUCAUUGAUGAUCUUCAUCGUCACGAUGGCUGCAUGGUUGUUUCUAUAUUAUCUACACGACAAGCCCUUGGUGGUUGUAGGCUAUGAAAUCGAUCAACGAUUCCUGAUGGCAGCUUUGUUCUUGGUCACAGCCCUGAUACUUUUCCUUACCAAUGUGAAAUAUAACAUUAUAAUGGCACUCUCUAUUGGCCUUGCUUUUGUUUUGGUUCAUGGAGCCUUAAGGGAGCCAGAGGAUGUCAUGACUGUGGAUGAUGAAGAAAGGCUUGCAUCAGGUGGUGGCCCUGUUCUAAAAGUCCCUCUAAAAAUUGCUGCCUCUUCUUCUUAUUCUCUGUCCCAAUAGUGGAUUUGUCAUGUUUCCAAAAUUUCCUUGGUUCUUUUUCUUUUACUUUACUUUAGACGUUUGUAAAUUGAUGGUGAAUUCUGGGUUUGGUGACAUGUGUAAUACAAAGGACGGUGAAUGAGUCUCAGAUCUGUAAAUUUGUAUAUAAUUGAUCUAAAUCUAAUGCAAUUGGAGAUGAAGGUGCAAA